GUUUCAGACUUCCUCCCCUCCUCCUGCCCCUUUGAUCUUCCAGGCCCUCAAUACCGCCUGGAGAAGCAGAGCGAACCCAAUGUCGCCGUGGACCUGGAGAGCACGUUGGAGAGCCAGAGCGCAUGGGAGUUCUGCCUGGUCCGCGAGAACAGUUCAAGGGCAGACGGGGUUUUUGAGGAGGAUUCACAAAUUGACAUAGCUACAGUACAGGAUAUGCUUAGCAGCCACCAUUACAAGUCAUUCAAAGUCAGCAUGAUCCACAGACUGCGAUUCACUACCGACGUACAGUUAGGUAUCUCUGGAGACAAAGUAGAGAUAGACCCUGUUACGAAUCAGAAAGCCAGCACUAAGUUUUGGAUUAAGCAGAAACCCAUCUCAAUCGAUUCUGACCUGCUCUGUGCCUGUGACCUUGCUGAAGAAAAAAGCCCCAGUCACGCAAUAUUUAAACUCACAUAUCUAAGCAAUCACGACUAUAAACACCUCUACUUUGAGUCAGAUGCUGCUACUGUCAAUGAAAUUGUGCUCAAGGUUAACUACAUCCUGGAAUCACGAGCGAGCACUGCCCGGGCUGAGUACUUUGCUCAAAAACAAAGAAAACUGAACAGACGUACAAGCUUCAGCUUCCAGAAGGAGAAGAAAUCAGGGCAGCAGUGACACUGGCCUCCAGCCUCAAUCUGUCGCCACAGCUCAGAGCCUGCCUGCCAGAACCAGGUGGUCUGAGAGCCCACCCCGUGUCCUGCACGGCUUGGGGGAGGCCAGCCAGAGCUCACAAGCAAGGGUUGGUGGGCUGUUAGGGAAGGUGUGGGGGUGGGGGGCACCCUAGGCUAGAGCAGAGGGGACAUUGCCAUAGGACCACAGCCUGAUUGGUAGUGGCUUUGAGUGGUAGUGUCCAGGGACCAGACCACCCCUGGAGGAGCCACCUGCUGCCCAGCCAUCUUCACUGCCCGACAGCCCUGCCGAGGAUGUACAUAGCCAUGCCAGACAUCUUGCAACUUGAUCAAAUUUCUUAAAGCAAACCAAGAACAAAAAUGUACAUUUCUUUUUUUCCUUUUAAUAAACAGGUGUACUCUUUAUCA